CGAAUGAGAGAAUAAGACAGCUCAAUACACAAAAUGCUCACUGCGGAGAAAGUUCGAAAUUUGAUAUAGUUUUUAUCACAUUUGUUAUUAUUGAGUCUUGAGUUUUGUGUUGAUUAGGAAACUGCCUUUGGUUGUGUUCUUGACAGUCCAAAAGUAAAAAAAAGAGCAACAUUCGAGUGUGGCUUCUUUUUGUUGUUGAUAAAUUGUAAAACAAUUGUAUAUUAUGGGAGAACCGAUUGCAUUGUUUAUUGUUGUAUGCACUAUCGUAUCACUUUGUGUCAUUUGUGGGAAAUGUUUUAAAGUUUUGUGCAGAAGCGAGCCUGGUGCAGUUUACUCAGCGCCAGUCAUCGUAACAUCACAAACACAUCAAGCGCCUGGUUCAAUUAGAACAACAACAAUUCUCAACCAAAACUCAAGACCGCCUGGACAAUUUACUCCUGUGUCGUAUCCACCAGGAGGAUUAGUGGUUACUGGAUCAAGCUCACCGUACCAUCCAAUGAAUGCAUCAAGACCUUAUCCUCCACAAGCUUCAUACCCACCACAAGCUUCAUACUCACCACAAGCUUCAUACUCACCCGAAGCUUCUUACCCACCACAAGCUUCUUAUCCACCACAAGCUUCAUACCCACAACAAGCUUCAUACCCACCAGAAGCUUCUUACCUACCACAAGCUGCAUACCCUACACAAGCUUCAUACCCACCAGAAGCUUCUUACCCACCACAAGCUUCAUACCCGCCACAAGCUUCAUACCCACCAGAAGCUUCAUACCCACCAGAAGCUUCAUACCCACCACAAGCUUCAUACCCACCACAAGCUUCAUACCCACCACAAGCUUCAUACCCACCACAAGCUUCAUACCCACCACAAGCUUCAUACUCACCCGAAGCUUCUUACCCACCACAAGCUUCAUACCCACCACAAGCUUCUUAUCCACCACAAGCUUCAUACCCACAACAAGCUUCAUACCCACCAGAAGCUUCUUACCCACCACAAGCUUCAUACCCGCCACAAGCUUCAUACCCACCACAAGCUUCUUACCCACCACAAUCUCAAUACUCAUCACAACCAGCCUACAAUCCACAACAAAUGCCACUUCCAUCAAACAUGCCAUAUCCACCAGCAACAUCAUAUCUACCACAAAUUGAAUCGAAUUUACCUCAAGGACAGAACAUGCAACAGCCUUCAGCUCCACCACCCUCUGCGCCAUAUCCAACAAACAAUUCAUCACAGCAGAUGGAUGUCCCGCCCAAUUAUGAUGCAGCAAUGACAACAUACUUAAAUGAACAAAAGAAGAUGUAG